GAGGGAGCACUGGUGGUAAUACUACUCGAGACGGGCACCUCACAGAUACACGGCUGCUCUGUCGAAGAGGCCGUCCCAUGUUAUCAAGGCUCUAUUAAGUCUUGAUCAAAUACGUACAGAUGCCGCGAAGCCGCCGAGGGCGAGGAGUGGGGAUAGAUUGUAGGCUGAGGAGUCUAAGUGAUCCUUGGGUCGCUUCUAGUGCACAAGCAAAUGUCACUUGACAUGAUUAUCGCUGAGGAUGCUAUAUUGCCGGUCCCGACUAGGAAAUAGCCAUGUCGGCAGGGACGGACCGGAUGAGCGUCGUUUCAGGGUACAUGAGCGAGAGAGGACGAAACAGAAAGCCACGGCUACGUCGGUUUCGCGCGAGCAGGGUGGGGGGCCGCUGCGGAGAGUUUCAUCCAGUCGGACGGGGAAUACGGAGUGGGUGAUGAUCUGGUGGGCAAGGCGGUCUAGCGAGCCAAGAUCCCAGGUAGAUCGUGGGUUCGACAAGGAGUGGAAGUGGAGUGGAGUGGAGCGAGCAGAGGACGAAGGGUGACAGUCUCCCGGUUGGACCACCGCCUUUCUCUUAGAUAAGAGAGGACGAGCGUGCAAAUCGGGAAGAUCCAACCCUGAAGGCAUGACAGACCUGCCAUUCGCGGCCACCGUCCAUGCGCCUGUUGGACCCUGUGCUGUAUGUAGGCAGGUAUAUAUAUAUAGACCCAGAUGAACCGAUUCUGGGUUGGCGGGUUGGACAACCACCGAGACGUUACCUCGCCCACGGCGAAUGCUCCGAAGAGGCUCGGCAGCCUGGGACACCGGUGAGCCAGACACAUGCGGUCGAGCGCGAAUCGGCCAGCCCUGGCUACGCUCAGGGAACGCCAACGUGGUGGGCGAGACCUUUUCAGACGAGAGGCAUACGGGCGUACAUGGCCGGCGAAGGGGCAGUGGCCGCUCUCUCUAGACCUGGGCGAGUAGACGGGCCAAUAUUGGUAGAUACCACACCCAUGCCUCGUCUCGUGACGAUGACGCGAGAGGUAGUCGACGGUACCGUCGACAAUCCGUCCCGAGCACAUAUGACAGAUUGGAGUCGGGAGAGGGGGACUAGGGUUACUUUGGUCCUUGUCGUCGAACACCCCGCGCCCAGACGCAAGAUCGGUACCGUCUCACUCGAGGCGAGAGUGAGCGUUACCAGAGGCAGGUCGAGGCGUCGACCACCCAGUCUGACCAUUCCAUUCAGAUCUUGCAUCAUCGCCAUCUCUCGCAUUAGGUGCGUGCGUGGAUCAUGAUUGCGUGGGAUAAUAUAGGCAUGCAUGUUACCGCGCCGGAGGAAGCGUGUGCGAGAGCAAGUGUGCGCGUGUGCGUGCGAGCGAGAGGAGGGUGUGUGUAUGGGCGGGCGGGUUAUCGUGGGCC